AAAUUAUUUUAUAGUAGUUUUCAAGGCUCAGUCUCGUGCCAGCUGGCCUUUUUUUAACAACUUCUACAGGAGCCUUCUGACAAAGAACUUCAAAAGCCCUUAGAUUUCAAGAUGGAUCACUCAGCUGGUCUCAUCCAAGAAAAUUCGUUCAUUGAACGAGCACUAAGGCUCGUUUUCAUGACCGCUAGUGCCGCUACGAGGCAAGCCGACUCAUAUUUGCCAUCGAAGAAAGGCUACAACGAAGGUAAGGGCGCCGGGCCGGAUGCGGAAUCUGAAGUUCCUGAAUUUGGAAUGAUUUCGCUUAACCAGCGUCGUCAGCACAUUUUCCGAGCUUAUCAAACCCGUCUGCCCCCACCUGGAGAAAAAACUGCUUCAAACCCGGGGAAACAUGAGGAUAUGUGCAGAGAUAUUAGAGAGGCAACUAACUUGAACAUCAGGGAUGGAUUUCGAUUCGAAUUCGAACGGCAGCUAAGCAACGCCUUUGGCAUGGCGCACCAAUUUUCUAUGGGUCAGCAGCAGCAGCAAAACAUGGGCGGUCAACAAGAGAUGCAACGAGAGCCUCCCAGUUCGUAUUGUUUCAUGACACAUUACACCUCGCCGGCGUUCGGCAUCUUCAUAAGCCGUUUGUCUACAUCUGGUGAAAUCAUGGCCCGCUGGAUCAAAGAGGGUAAACAAGUAACGGGACAUGUUUCCUAUCAGGAGCGCGCCGUCCAGAAGGGUACUGAAAGCUCGUUUGAAGCCGAAUUGAUCAAACCGAGGAAAGACUCUACGUUAACGGGAAAACUGAUUUUCCAGUCGACGCCGCAGGGUUCUGGGCCAGCCCUUGGCCUAUCCUUUGCAAAGUCAUUAACUCCAAAUUUAAUGGCUGGACUCGAAACAUUUUUUUACCCAAAUGGCUCUUUUAGCUACUUUACAGCGCGCUACGAUCGAUCACUCCUUGAGGAGCACGAAGUGGAGGACGCUAACAGUUUGCACAAGACCGUCACUCACCACAUCGAAACACUGGACGAACAAAGAGUCAUUUCAGAGCUCGAAAUGGUCAAGUUAUCCAAUGCUCUCUUCGAGCCAAGAGAGGCCUAUUGCUUUCAAGCUCAAUCGACCUCAAAUUAUGAAUUUUCAUAUAUUCGCCAUAUUUCAAGGAUUUUUACCCUAGUCACUUCUCUAUCUUUGAGCAAUAUGCCGCAACUCAAAUCGCCCUAUUUUGUGCCUAGCUGGAACCUUUGUUUGCAGUACAACGCCGACCCUGCUAUUUUUUCUGCCAGCAUAUGCAACCUAAAGACGCUGUCCUGUUUGAUGGUUCACGCAAUUAAUGACUACAUGUCUUUAGAGCUGUGCGGGUUGAUUGAUUACGCCAAGGACGCAUAUAAAUUCGGAUUCGGCCUAAUCAUGAGGCUAUAAUUCUCAUCACAACAAAAUUCGAAACGGAAUUUCAAAUGGGGUCGCGUAUAUGUAAAGUCGUUAUCUAUAUAAAGUCCACAAUUUUUUUUAAAAA